AAAUGUAGCCUUUAAUGGAUUUUGGAAGGCUCCAUAGAAGGAAAACGUAAAGAAGUCAGAAUAUGGAUUACGUAUGAGAGGAAGGAGCAAGCCAGCUGUCUAUAUAUCGGAGAGGAAGGCGACCGGAGAGCAGUACUGCGGAACAAAGAGGAACGGCUUCGUAUUAGAGAGAAAGAGAGAGUCGGGGACAAUUUUGGUUAACGCAAUAUUAUUCCCAGCUUAUGUAUCGUGUUUUGACUAUAGCUCUCUUUCUCUCACUGUGUUGUUGCUCCUACUGACAUUUGUGUUGGGUCAAUUAGAGAGGGAAUCGGCCGUGCCUUGGCCACUGUGGUUACGGAUGAGCCGAGCCGUGGACUAUAUUACAGUAGAUUACAGCGCCUACAGAUGAGGGUUUAGUGUUGCAUGCACCGUUAUAUCGAUCCGAGCGAUUAGCGCCGCGGCGGCUUUUCAGAAAGGCUGGUGUACGUAUAUACGUAUAGCUGAGCGCCAGCCAGGAUGUGGGGGACGUAGAUGGGGACGUAGCCGGGGCAGCAAGAUGAAGAGGCCAGGCGCCGCCACUUUAGGGACACUCACUCUACAGCUGUUCGCCGGUUUGGUUUUGGCAGCAUCUACCGGCCUCGUGCAGCAUCAUUCCACGUCUUCCUGUAAAGGAUACCAUGCCAGCCUUAGGUGCCCUCCCAAACAUGCCAUCGCUAUUAGGACGAUUUUGUACGGCUCACAUCGGGAGUACUGUGACCAGCGAAGGCUUGGUCUCGACCACUGCUGUGCGCCGUUUGUCGACGAUUGUGUCUUCUCACACAAAGCAGCCAUAUUGUCCAUGAACACGUAUUGCUCUGGGCUUGAUUCGUGUUAUGGCUCUUCGGAGCCCACUGGGGAGAUGCCCAAUCACAAUUGCGGAUUUCAUCUCUCCUACAUAAAGGUCGACUUCGACUGUGUGCCAGAAAAAAUUGUGAGCGAAUUCUGUGUGGAUAGUACCUACACUGACAGUCAGCUAUACAUCAGUAGCGCCGCCUAUCCAUCCUCCAUGUCGGGAGAUAACUCUUCAUGCAAUUGCCUGGUUACGGCUGGAAGGGAUACCAGAGUUAACAUCAGCAUACAAGCAAUAGACGUCUUAUUCACAGGGGUCGGAUACCGGCCUCGGAAAUGUGAACAGAAAUUGAUGAUUAAAUCGGAUGAAGAACCAGAUGAGAACUUUUCUCUGGACUGCAACGACCAGAAAAUGUAUGGUUACCGAGAAGUAUUCAGUGGAAGAGGGAACAAAUGGCUUCUCACUUUGUACAGUCAUCCCGUCUCGGACCGGGGAAGAGUGUGGCUGGCGGUCAAAGCCACAGACAAUAAGCACAGACUGACGGUACGCUGUGGGCCAUCCGUGCAGUGGAACGAAUACCAGCCGGCCAAAAUACCGGGAAUAGACGAAAGCACGAGGAGAUACAUUGGCAUAGGAAUCUUGGCGGGAUGUGCCUUAGCCGUGUGCGUGUUUGUUGUCCUGAUUGUCAUGGCCAUUAGCUGGCAGUGUCGCAUUAUCAGCCGCAAAUCGCAGAAGGAGGACAAAAUGAAGACAGGAAGCUCGAAUGACACGAGCCCAAUGUCACCGGAAAAACAACCGCCAGAAGGAGAUCCCAGCAGCUAUCACUCCAACACACUGCCUCAGCAUAAACCUCCCAACAAUAAAAGGGGCAGGAAGUCUUCCAAAGCCUCCUACAACACUGUUCCUAGGAACAUGGAAAGUCGCAAAAAUGAAGAUAUGGGUCCAAUGAAAUCGUUCCGAAGUACGGACAGCUUCUCACAAGCAAUGGCUGCGUCUUCGCAGCAGGAGUUUCUUCCGGACUACAGUGUUCCGCCGCCGCCGCCGCCUAGCGGUCUGUACGAGAACAUCUGCAUGAGCUCGGCCACGUUUCCUCGCGGACGUCCACUGGUGCACGAUCCAUACGCUCAGUACUAUGCAUCAAUACAACCGCGUGCUCAAGGCUCACACGAAGCCAGGAACCAGGCCACGAGCACGCCCUGGGAACCGUACGGGGACAACGCUGCGGACGACGAAGAGUGGCCUCCCCCUUACGUUCCCGAGGAGAACCCUGCAGCAGAAAAUACAACGCACGAGUCAGUACAUUACCACCACUAACUGGGGCCAUUUGCCUGCAGAAAGGAACAUUUAAGUGUCACUCCUAGAUUAGUGUGGUGAAUGGACGAAGUUUACACUCAACAGUAGUGCCCAUGGUUUACACCCAAGGGUACAUGCUCAAGCUCAAGCUGUUUUUGGAAGGUUUCUAUUCCAAAGCCUGCUCUCCAAAUCGUACAAGCGUUCGGGUAGCCUAACCAAUUUAUUUUUAACCAUUUUUUUCUAAUCGACCAUCUCUUGUUACUUUUUCGACACACAGAAAUCAACAAUCUUGUGUCACUGCAGGUAUUGUCAGUUAUUUGCAAGUCAUGAACACUGUGUGAAAUAAUGCGGCGAUUGAAUGCUUAUAUAGUGCUACCGA